UAGAGAUGGAGCUAAACAUGCCUAUCACAAGAGUGUUGCUUAAGUCGGGUUGUGGAAGCCCGCAAAACACGCCAGCAUUAACGGUACAGCCCGCCCAGCUGCUUAGUUCAGGAAGUGUCCCAGCACAGCAAUCUGAGCUAUCAUCUGUGAAGGCAGAUGUCAUGGUCGGCGUUACUAAGAUAUGUGAUAGCAAUAAGUACAAGAUGUCUGUAGCACGUAGAAACGAACGCGAGAGACGACGCGUGCAGAAUGUCAAUCGAACGUUUGACACGCUUCGGCACCACGUGCAGGGGUAUAAGAAUGCUAACAAGAAGAUGUCGAAGGUUGAGACCUUGCGUUGCGCUGCCGAAUAUAUUCGUGAGUUACAGACCAUUCUUGGUCUGGGCUGCUCUGACGAAGAACACAGUUUAUCGAGAGCUGAUUCUCCAAUGAGCGCAACGAUCUUCGACUACCAAAUGCCAGUUACUCCGAACUCUCAGCCAGACAGCGUGACGCAGACAACCUUCGAUUUUUCUCAACAAACAUUUGAUUCACCUAAAUCAAAGAUUGCCUCAUCACCUUUACGCUCGCCGGCUCCCAUGGAAACCCCUGACCCACGUCCUAAAUCAGCAUCGCCUGUAUCAUGUGGCAGCAUACUUGCCACAUGCCUGCAGAUGCCGUCGAUUGCCAGCUGUGACGCCGUGGUCAAGCAAGAACCCGACGGAUCGCCUACAGAUGCCUUCGACCUUAACGGAAACUCCACAAUCUCUACGGCUUCCGACGGCACCGACAAUAUCCUUGACGAACAAAGCUACAACAAACUCGCUGCCGCGCUCCAGCAUCAUGGCCCACAGCUAAAUUUGAGCCUGUGCGGUAACUAUCUGCAACAACAACAACUGGAAGUGCAGUUAUAG